AUGACUUCCAACGUUUACUCCGCAGAGCCCGCUCAUCCAGUUCUUGCUCAAUCCCUGCUCGGUGAGCCUGGACCCACAGCUACGAAGAACGAGCAACCUACCCAGAGACCAACGACAAAUGACUGGAACCUAAAGGACGACUGGGCCGCUGGCAUACAAUCAUCCAGUGAUGCAAUCUUCCGCUGCGGAAGUGUCAUCGGGUUUUCACGAUUAAGAACCAGAAGCAGCGACAACGAUGAAUACAUCGGACAAAUUCCUCGCUAUCUUCUCACAAAACACCUGCGGAAAAUCCCGUCAUCAGCUGAAGCAAACACCUUCAUAAUCUAUCCAAGUAACUUCGAUGCCUUUGCAGCCCGGAACUUAUUUACAGACCUGCAAUCUGGCCCCUCAGCUCUAUCCAAAGACGAUGCUCUGAAGCGAUUAGACUUAGUACAACUUUUUCCAGUGAACAAUCUGCAAAAUGCCGCUCAGGCUAUCAAGCAAGUCUCGGAACUACUUCAAGAGGCCCAAGAAAAGCGACAGCAGUUGGACCAGGCGGCAGCUUCGACCAACCCCGCUAUCAUCCUUGUUGUGGCCGGCCUGGACACAUUAGCUGAAGGCGUUGUCCGAGCUUCUAAUCCGGCCAGAGGAGCAGCUGUGCUGGCGAGUACGUUGCGGAUAUUGACGCGCAUGUCUCGCACAUACAGCUCCUUUCUUUCCGUCAUGCUUGUCAAUACGAACGGGCUAGGACCUCAUGUUGAAGUUGAGCAUGAUGGGUCGACUGGACGGGAAGUAGAUGCGAGACCGACUGAUCAUGAUGGAAUUCACUCUAUUUUUCAGCUACCUGGAUCUUCCCUCCUGUCAACUUUGUUGAUGAGGACGUUGGAUCAGGGUAUCGAUACGCACAUCUUGCUUUCCGAUGUGAAAUAUGCCCGCGUGGCGGAAGUCGUAAAAGAUCGCACUGGGGCAGGGCUAGGAAAAUGGGGGAUUUGGUCAGCCCAAAGAUGA